UGUAUUUCUUUUCAUUUAUCUAUAUUCUCUCGGAUGGAUAUGUCUCAGCAUCCCUACAAAGUAGUUCCGCAGAGUAGGGGAGGCGAGAGAUCACCUUGAACUGGUCUCAGUGUAACGGUAGUUACAUCGGUCCAAGCAGCUGCUCGAAGAGUUUAGGACUUAUACAGUUGCACCAUCAAACACCAUGCCUCAAGCAAAGUCUCUAGACAUGGGCUCUGCCUUCAUCCAGACGCAGCAGCUCAAUGCUGCCAUGGCUGACACCUUCCUGGAACACAUGUGUCUGCUGGACAUCGAUUCUGAGCCCACUACUGCACGCAACACUGGCAUCAUCUGCACCAUUGGGCCAGCCUCUCGUUCUGUGGAUAUGCUGAAGGAGAUGAUCAAGUCUGGAAUGAACAUUGCUCGCUUGAACUUCUCUCAUGGCUCACAUGAGUAUCAUGCAGAGACUAUCAAGAACAUCCGCGAGGCAUGUGAGAGCUUCGAGCCUGGCAGUAUCCAGUACAGACCUAUUGGCAUUGCUCUGGACACCAAAGGCCCAGAGAUCAGGACUGGCCUCAUCAAGGGAAGUGGUACAGCUGAGGUAGAGCUGAAGAAGGGCAACAUGAUCAAGAUCACCUUGGACGACACUCACCAGGAAAACUGCAGUGACGAGCUCCUCUGGCUUGACUACAAGAACAUUGUCAAAGUGGUGGAUGUUGGCAGCAAGAUCUACAUUGAUGAUGGACUCAUAUCCCUGCAGGUCAAGGAGAUUGGUGCUGAUUUUCUCAUGUGCGAGAUUGAAAACGGUGGCACCCUGGGCAGCAAGAAGGGAGUGAACCUCCCUGGUGCUGCUGUAGACCUGCCUGCUGUUUCAGAUAAGGACAUCAAGGACCUGCAGUUUGGUGUGGAUCACGGAGUUGACAUGGUCUUUGCAUCCUUCAUCCGCAAAGCGGCAGAUGUACAUGAAGUUAGAGCAGUGCUGGGAGAGAAAGGCAAAAACAUUAAGAUCAUCAGCAAACUCGAGAACCAUGAGGGUGUGCGCAGAUUUGAUGAGAUUAUGGAGGCCAGUGAUGGCAUCAUGGUUGCACGCGGUGACCUGGGAAUUGAGAUCCCCACAGAAAAGGUCUUCCUAGCCCAGAAGAUGAUGAUCGGUCGCUGCAACAGAGCUGGCAAGCCGAUCACAUGUGCCACUCAGAUGUUGGAGAGCAUGAUUAAGAAGCCCAGACCCACCCGUGCUGAGGGCAGUGACGUCGCCAACGCUGUGCUGGAUGGAGCCGACUGCAUCAUGCUGAGUGGAGAGACUGCCAAGGGAGAUUACCCCCUGGAGGCAGUACGCACACAGCACAUGAUAGCACGAGAGGCCGAGGCAGCCACCUUCCACAGGAAGCUGUUUGAGGAGCUGAGGAGACACUCACAACUGACCAGAGACCCUACAGAGGCUGUAGCUGUUGGUGCUGUGGAGUCAUCCUUCAAAUGCUGCGCUAGUGCCAUCAUUGUUCUCACUAAGACUGGGAGGUCCGCUCACCUGAUCUCCAGGUACAGGCCCCGUGCCCCCAUCCUCGCUGUGACCCGUAAUGCCCAGACAGCUCGCCAAGCCCACCUGUACCGCGGCAUCUUCCCCGUCCUCUACACCAAGCCCGCCAACGAUGUCUGGGCGGAGGACGUUGACAUGCGUGUCAACUUUGCCAUGGAUAUGGGUAAGGCCAGAGGCUUCUUCAAAGAAGGAGAUGUCGUCAUCAUCUUGACUGGCUGGCGUCCAGGCUCUGGUUACACCAACACCAUGCGCGUGGUUCUAGUGGCUUGAACAGCCAACUGGGCUGCUCUGCUUUCUCCUGCCACCUCCACCUGUCUUUCAUAACUCUCCACCCCGCAAUCCACUGCAGCUCACAGCCCUUCUCAUCCAACACCCAGGCUGACGGAGUCGACCCCUGAACAAUUUAGGCAAUAAUGGCAAGAAUUUAAAAAUACAGAGCAUAGCCUUCAUGGCCAAAGAGCUGUUUUGGGUAGGGGUGGAGGUUUGAUUCGUACAUUUCCACUUUACGUAUCCAUUCCUUUCACAUUGAUUCUCUCAAUCAAACCAGUCUGCAGGGCCUCAGAUUAAUGCACUCUGAGCAGAAACUGCUGUAUUUAUUCACUCAAAAAAAACAUAUGUUAUUAAAAGUGACCCAGUCUGAGAGUGAAUGCAUCCUGGUCUGUGUGCAUGCGCAUACUGGCUCUUGUUUGGGUGGGGUUGGUCAUGGAACAGGCUGAUCUUAUCACAGAGCACCUUGACUACUGGUACAGUUUACUAUUCACACUCCUCUGCCGAUGUAACGAACAAAUCUGCAACAGGGAAGCCUUGGCUCCACCACUCCACCCAAACAGUUCCUUCUGUAGUGUCUAUGAAGUGUCCUCUCUUAAUGCCAGCUUUCACUGUGUUUAAGUGUACCUGUAAGUGUUGCACUCCUAAUCUACUCCACACAAUGUUACAUUUGAUAUUAUACUUGAUUGUUCUGAAUGGAAAACUUUUGUUUUGGGACAUCCAAUACUACUUAUAUUUUGUCUGACUAUAGAGAAAUGUUAGUUUUGGAUGUCCACUUCAGAGGUGUUUGAGCUAGUUACUGUAUUUGUGUUACUAGACGUCAUAAAGCCUUUACAUUUGGAUCAUAUCUAAGUCGGCACUUAUGAAUCGUGUAUGGUUCACUGCAGCUGAUUGAUAUGAAUAAGCACUUUGAGGGUGUUUUUCACUGGGGACCUGAUAAGGGGGACAAAGCCCUGUCCCUCUCAACCCCAGUGGGUGAUGGGUAGAACCCUUGUCCUUCUCUUUCUAUGUUAGUGACCCACUGUAGCUGUAUUCAUACUGUAUGUCUAACAUGCUUUUGAUUGUAAUGCUAGAGUGUAAGAACUAAAUGUAAAGGGGUAUUCUAAUGUUUAGCUGGUGUACUGAGCUGUCCUAAAAGGCUGGAUUUCCAUCAAUAAAAGAGAUGAGCACCUAUCUUAA